AUGGCAAGGCCGCUGAACACCGAUAUCCGGCCUGAUGCGGCCCCUCUUGCAAGUUGCUGGUUCCAGUGGAACCAUCAACCGGGACUUGAAGGUGGAGAGGUCCGUCUUUGGCAUCGGUUACGCACGAGGGAUGCAGGAACAAAGGCUGCUCCAGCGCUAACGUCGGGGGCCAAGACGGUCUAA